AUGGUUCCUGAAGAAAUAAAAUCAUUCAACAAGAGAAGAAAGCGAUCGCAUUUUUAUCGCAAACCAACAGAUGUUGAAUACACAGCCCUCGCCCUCCUUAGGCUUUCACGUUGCGACGAAGAUUACUGGAUCCGUCCAACAACCACGGUGGAAUGGAGGAAGCAGGCCCCGACAACCACCGCAAGAAUCUCCGCUUCGGACUCCGUCAAUGUCAUUAAGGAUAUUGAACAAUGUUCUCCGCCGGCACAGAAGCAUGAGUCACACGAGUGUGACGUCUGCGUGAAGUCUGUUCUCUCGCACCAAGCACUCGGUGGCUACAAAAUAAGCCACCUUGAUAGUUCUCAGUUCGCCACCGCUACUUGUCCAACCAUCAGUCCCGACGCCGCUGAAAUCGUGGAAGACGUAAAUCCCGCCGUCGCUAGCACUAGUGAGAGAACAGGCGCUUUAGCCUCCACCGGUGAUGACAAGAAAUCAACGGAACCCUUUUGUCCUACUAUCACAGCCUCUCCGCCGGCCCAGAAUCACGAGUCGCACGAAUGUGACGUGUGCGGCAAAUCUUUUCUCACGUACCAAGCACUCGGCGGCCACAAAACCAGUCACCGUGAUAGGGCUCAAUUCGCCACCACAACUGCAAUCACCAUUGCCUCUAAUGUCUCUUAUCUCAACCCAAGCGGUAGGAUUCACGAAUGCCACAAAUGUUACAAGACUUUUUCCACUGGCCAGGCUUUGGGUGGCCACAUGCGGCGGCACUAUGAUAAGUUGAUCAGCAGCUGCAAGAAAACCAAUGUGAUGACAUCCGCGGGCGGCGCCUCCAGCCACUGCAACAGCAAUGGGCACGUGGUUCACGACUUCGACUUGAACCUCCCCGCCUUACCAGAAGAUGAAAGUCCUAUUCCUUGA